AUGGAGGUAGGAUACAAAUACGAGGGCGAGUACAACGAACACUACCAGAGGCACGGGAUGGGCAAGGCCGAAUUUCCAAAUGGGGACAAAUACGAAGGUCAGGGAAGUUACCAGAACGGAAAACGAAAUGGUUUUGGUAAGUACACAUUCAGCAACGGAGCAUCGUACAAUGGCGAAUGGAAGGAUGGGAAGAAACACGGCUUGGGAAUAUUUAUGUACCCUGAUGGAUCCAAAUAUGAUGGUGUGUGGCACGAAGACAUGAGGCAAGGGUACGGCAAGUACUUUUACUCGAAUGGCGAUUAUUACGAAGGAGAAUGGCUGAAUCACCUGAGACAUGGUCGUGGAAAGUAUGCUUAUGCCAGUUCCAACCUCUUGUUCACUGGCAUCUGGUUUGAAGGCAAGAGGACAGGCGAGGGUGUGGUUACGAGGAUUGGUGAUGACAGCUGCAUAGAUGCUGGUGCUUCGGAAAAAUUAUCAAAAGCUUCCACGGCAAAAGAUGAUAAGAAUGAUGAAGAAGCGGCCUUCUAUCAAUUCGAUGAUUUCCACGCUAAAGCUCAAAUUGCAGCUAAACUUUCGGUGGCCGAAGAAAAGCAAGUGGAAGGUGCGGUGGAAGCAGCACCGACGGAGGAAGCGGGCCACGUUGCCAGCCAUGUUUCUGUUGAAGGCUUGACGACAGUCGAGAGUAAGAAGUCAGAUGUUAACGUUGAAAAAGUUGAGCCAGUGGAGCCCACAGAAACAACAGCGGAACCAGUUGAACCAACUGAACAACCACUUCCCGCGGUUGCAUCUGCUACUGCCGAGGAAGCCACGAAGUCUGAAAAAGUGGAAGUUGCUGCAGAUGAACAGAAAGUUAUAUCUGAAGCUGUUGUGACCGAAGUUGAAAAAGAUAAAGAAGUUGUAGAAACGGUGCAAGAAGAAUCUAAAGUAGAAGUGAAAGAAGAAGUGGCAGAAGAAAAGAAAGAUGAGCCCAAAGAAGAAGUACCGGUUGUCGCUGAAGCACAAGCACCAAUAGUGGAGAUACCACCAGCUGAGGACAUUGAAAAGGUUCCGGCGACCUCUGUGGAGCCUGUGAUGUUGGUGGAGCAAACAAUUGAAGCUCAACCACCGCCGGCUGAUUUGAGCACUGUCACACAAGCACCACAUCCAAUUCCUAUGAACGAACCGUCGGGAGAGAAAAAUGCUGAAACAACCGCCGAACCAGUGCAGGCCGUCUUGCCUCCUGCAGAUGACGGCAAACCUGCCGUCGACAUUCCAGCUGCUGAAAAUGUGGAAGAACAAGCUGCAGGUGCCGCCAAUUGAUUGAUCUUCUUUUGCUGUCCUUUCAUGCAAAUGAACGACCUUUUAAUUUCUUUUUACAAACCCCAGUUUAUUUUUAAAUAGUACAUUAAAUAUUUUCAUUAUAUUCGCUAACAUCGAUUAAACAUCUAAAAUGUGAAUUUUUAAGAAUAAAAUACUGCGAAAGAAGAAUGCUAAAUGCUUCACAACAAAUCGAAA